CCGCGCGCCAUCGGAUAGGAACGCGCCAAAUAAAAAAACUCUGCUGAAUAAACGUGACAUUUUAUGGUGUUCAUUUUUAAAAAUAACUGUGUGUGUAUUUUUUUAAUUGGAAUCCGUGUUAGUGUUGUUUUUUGGAAGUAAAUUACAUUUUCCAAUACCAACAAAAGAAAAACAUACACAGUGGAACAAUCAUAGACGUUACGUCGGACAAAAAUGUGGACGCGACUAUGGGUGGUGCUCUGCGUAUCGACUCGAGCUUGGACACAGCAGACACAAACACACACGCGCGUGCAACAAGGCGGCGCGACAUUCGAAUGGGGCUGGCAGCAGCAGCAGACCGCCCCUGACUCCUCCGUUGGACAAUACUACGUUAGACUACCACAGUCUGAGCAGCGUGUGCAGUACUCAGCGGACGGGAGCGGCCACCACGGCACUGUUGUUGCUGGCACUGGUAACCCUGAGAUAGUUGGCACUGAUAACCGUGCCAGUCAAGCUCCCGCCCUGUUUAUUCCUCAGGAGCCGUUGCAAGUGUAUCAGACUCCAAAUAUAACUCAACUACAGCUGCCACAAAACCAACAACAGCCAGUGGACAUCUAUUUACUGCACCAGCAAUUCUCAAAUCCUGCAUAUCUGAACGAACAGCUGAUACAGCCAUAUUCACCAUCUAACGUAGUGCAGUAUGCCAUACCAAAUUAUUACAACCCUUCGCCCACUCAAGUGGAUUUCAACGUUCAAACAAUACAUCCUAAUAAUGCACAAGGUAAUGACGUUCCACCGUUACACUACCACCAACGCAAGGAAGGCAGCUUCGAAAUUCAGUAUGACGAUAGCUCCAAACCUCUUAAAAAAGAGGAAAUUAAGGAGCAACACGACUUUACAAAAUCUGUUGUGCAAGUAUUUAAAAACCACAAUUGCACUGAUGACGUAAAGAAUGAUGAAACGAUAAAGUUAUUCGCUCAAGUUCCAUCUAAACAAGGUAGAAAUAUAAAUGGUAAUUUUGGUGCGAGGUCUACACAAAGACCAUUGACUUAUAGAGGAGCAAUCAAUUUUAAGGUGGGACCCCCGAGAGAAAAUGCUAGAAGCGAGAAAUAUUAUUAUACAACUGAUUCCACACCAAAAAGUACAAUAAGAUCUACUACAGAAGAUGCUAGAUUCUCCAAACUUGUUCAAUCAACUCAAGACCUUAUUUCCAACGAAGAUUUGUUAAAAAUUAAUCAUGCUGCUGAAAAAUUCGUGAAUCCAAAUGAGAAUGACUUUAUUAAACCAAGACCUAGGUUCCAAUUAAGAGCUGAACAAUCUAGACACUAUAAUGAUGGUUAUUUUAAUCAGUAUCUCGAACCAGCUGGUACACCAAGAAGCAGAAUUACAGUAAAAGCUAAAAUUGGUAAAAUUGUCGACAGUGAAAUUGAACAUAUCGAAAAUAAUAAAUCAAAGGAACAAAUUUUACAAGCGGGUGCCAAUGAAUUUAAAUUUGCCUCUCCUAUCAUUGUACAAGACACACCGUAUGACAAUUAUAAGGAACAAAUCGUAAACAACUUAGUGUCUACAAUGGUUCCAUACAUUGAAAACGGUUAUGAAAUUGUGGGGGUUAGAGAUAGCGCUGAAGAAAACUUGACUAAUAAUAAUCAAGAGAAAGAAGGCUCGAGUGAAAAUUUUGUUAAUGUAACACCAAGACCUUUAGGUCAGAAAUAUUUGGCUCCUAUCACUGUAGCUCUGCGUUUACUGAAUUCAAAUGAUACUGAAACAUUUAAUGCUAUAGAUGACCAUGAAACUUCUGAUAGCGAAAUUUCUGAAGCUAUUGACAAACCAAAACAGCAUGAAAAAACAGUUGUUGAAGUUCAAGAAUCUGUUCCUGUUUCUAUAACUCAUAUAAAUGAUGUUGAAGUACAUACACAUUAUUUGGAAGAAGGUAGAGCAAAUAACAAAGGUCCUUUGGAUUAUGCAAAAUCCUUAUACAACAAAUAUAUGGACGUCUUAGACUCUUCGAAAACUAGGUAUUAUUCUGAUGAAAAGAAUGCUGAUAAUUCUAAAGACCAUGACACUAGUGAAAAUAUGCAGACUGAGGUAGAAGUAAGACCUAACAAUUUAGACAACGACAGAAAAGAAUAUAUAAUGGACUACAAUGACUAUGAAUCGAACAAUCACAAAAUUAUUCAACCAAUUAUAAUAGAGAAAGAAGUACCAGUGACUAAAUUCGUUGAUAGAUUCAUAGAGAAACAAAUACCAUACGCUGAACAUGUACAAGUACCAGUAGACAGGCCUGUAGCUGUUCCUGUCCCUUUCGAAAAAAUAGUUGAAAGACCAGUUGAAGUUACAAGAUAUGUUGAUAAACCAUAUCCUGUUGAAGUACCUAGACCGUACCCCGUUGAAGUUAAAGUCCCCUACCCUGUAGAACAGAAAGUUUUUAUUGAUCGUCCAGUACAUGUACCUUAUCCUAUAGAAAAACUUGUUGAGAAACAAAUAUUUCAUCAAGUUCCAGUACCUACUCCAGUCGCUGUACCGUAUGAAGUCCAAGUGCCAGUUGAACAACAAGUUCUGUACCCUGUGCCGAUUGAAACACCAGUACCUGUACCUUACCAAGUAGAAAAACCCGUACCUGUUGAAAAAAUUGUAACUAAACAAGUACCUGUACCUUACCCCGUAGAAAAGAUAGUAGAAAAAAAGGUACCAUACCCUGUACAAGUCCCAGUGGAAGUUAAGGUACCAUAUCCAGUUGAAAAAAUCAUUGAAAAUCCUUACGCUAUAUAUAAUUACGGUUACGGACAUGGCUAUGGACAAGGCCAAGGAAGCCAGAACCAUCCACAUUAUCUGAAGUACGAUCAACAAAGGCAAGCGUCUCACGUUCAGAAUCAAAUUCAAAAAGCGCACGAACAGCGGUUGCAAAAUCAGUACGCACAGUACCUCAAGGAAAAGCAAAACGUACAAACUACACACUGGGGCCACUUGUACGCAUCAUCUUACCAACAUAUCAACAACGUAGACCCAAAACCAACUACAGGGUUCAGAAAAACACCAGUACUAACAAAUUAUAUAAACUAUGUGACAAACCAAAAUCAAAAUCAAAACCAGGAGCAAUCAUCAGCAUAUUACGGUCCUCCUCCGGUAGAAAAAUACAAUGAUUCAUGGGAAAAGAACAAAAAUUAUAUUGUUGAGGUGAAAUUAAGAAGGACUGACAGGCAGCCCAAAAAUGGAAAUCUGAGAAUAGAAUAUGGUGGAUUCAAACCACCCCUAAUUCCAAGUACAGAAGUAGAUUUAGAUGGCAUGCCGGUAAAAAAAGAUGGCGACAGUUAAAAGAACAUUGAACCCUUGAAUAAAGGUAUUAACGUCAUCGAUAAGAAUAUCUUCUUACGUAUGUUUCGUGUAUUUGCCGAGCCUAAUAAUGUGGAAAAGCGACCUGUUUAAGUAGUUCUUUCAAGUUGACCCAGCGCCAUAAGUAAAUAAAUAGUAUCGAUAAUUCAACCUAAACUGGUUAUUGUAUAAUAAGGGUCUGAAUACACGUACAACACGGAAAAGACAGAUAACCAAGGACCUCCAUCAGAAACUGAAUAAUACUUUGUAAAUACUUAGGGUCGUAUUCUAGAACUCUACUCAAUGCUCAAGUCAG